AUGGAUAUCGAUCCCGACGACGUUUUCCGCGAUGACGAAGACGACCCUGAUAAUGAACUUUACCAGGAGAGAGAUUCCACGAAGGAGAUGUUGGUGUAUUUGGUGGAUGCUUCCCCAAAGAUGUUUUCCGCUACUUGUCCUUCAGAAGAUCAGAAUGAUACUACUCACUUUGAAGUUGCUGUCCGAAGCAUUGCUCAGUCAUUGAAGACGCAAAUUAUCAAUAGGUCUUAUGAUGAAGUUGCAAUAUGCUUCUUCAAUACUAGGGAAAAGAAGAAUUUGCAGGACUUAAAUGGUGUUUAUGUUUUUAAUAUUCCUGAGCGGGAGGACUUAGAUCGGCCGACAGCUAGGCUGAUCAAAGACUUCGAUUGCAUAAAAGAGUCAUUUAGCAAACAAAUUGGGAGUAAAUAUGGCAUCUUGUCUGAGACUCGGGAUAACUCGCUUUACAAUGCUCUUUGGGUUGCGCAAGCACUUCUGCGGAAAGGGUCCAUAAAAACAGCUGACAAAAGGAUUCUGUUGUUUACAAAUGAAGAUGAUCCUUUUGGGAAUAUCAAGGGGGUUCUUAAAAUGGAUAUGAUGAGAACAACACUACAGCGAGCCAAAGAUGCUCAAGAUCUUGGCAUUUCAAUUGAACUCCUUCCCUUGACAAGACCAGAGGAUGACUUCAACGUAUCCACUUUUUAUGCUGAAUUACUUGGAUUGGAGGGCAAUGCUCUUGCUGAGUUCAAGGCCUUAGCAGGGGAGAGAUUUGAAGACAUGCAAGACCAGCUGAGAAAGCGUAUGUUCAGGAAACGCAAAGUUAGAAGAAUUAACUUCAUUAUUGCUGGCGGUGUAUCCAUUGAGCUAAAUACCUAUGCCUUAGUCCGCCCAACUAAUCCUGGAGCAAUCACGUGGCUUGAUUCAGUCACAAACCUUCCCUUGAAGGUAGAGAGAUCUCUCUUAUGUUCGGACACUGGUGCUGUACUUCAGGAGCAUCCAAAACUUUUUCAGACUUACAAGAAUGGGAAUAUCGUGUUUUCAGUUGAUGAAGUUUCUGAGAUCAAGAGGGUUUCAACAGGCCCUCUCCGUCUCCUGGGUUUCAAGCCGUUGAGUUGCCUAAAAGAUUAUCACAACUUGAGACCGUCCACAUUUGUCUUUCCAAGUGACGAGGAAGUGAUUGGAAGCACAUGUGUUUUCAUAGCUCUCCACAGAUCCAUGUUGCGGCUGAAACGCUUUGCCAUUGCAUUUUAUGGGAGCUCAACUCAGCCUCAUUUGGUGGCUUUAGUUGCCCAAGAUGAGAUUGUUAGCUCAAGGGGUCAGAUCGAGCCACCUGGAAUGCAUAUGAUAUAUCUUCCAUAUUCUGAUGACAUCAGACCCAUUGAAGAGCUUCACAUCGAUACGAAUCCUACGGCACAUCAAGCAUCUGAAGACCAAAUAAAGAGUGCUUCUUCAUUGGUUAAAUUUGUUGAUCUGAAAAACUUUUCAGUAUGCCAAUUUGCUAACCCUGCCUUGCAGAGGCACUAUGCAGUUUUACAAGCUCUGGCGCUGGAUGAAGAUGAAUUGCCUGAUAUUAAGGAUGAAACUCUUCCAGAUGAAGAAGGGUUGGCCAGGCCGGCUAUCGUGAAAGCAUUAGAAGAAUUCAAACUUUCCGUGAAUGGGGGGGAGCAGGACGAUGACUUGGUGGACAGUGGAAAAACAAGCGACACCUCCAAGAAAAGGAAAGCAAUUUCCGAUAACGCGAAAAUGGAAUACGCAAAUUAUGACUGGUCUGAUCUUGCAGAUAGUGGGAAGUUGAAGGAGUUGACUGUGGCAGAGCUUAAAUACUACUUGGCAGCGCACAACCUGCCAGUCACCGGAAAAAAGGAAGCUCUGAUCAGCAGGAUCUUAACUCACAUGGGGAAAUGA